AUGGAAAACGAAGGAAGCAAGGUUGAAUGGCCAAAAGCAGCAAUUUUGCGUCUUAUUGAACUAUGGGAGGGUUACGAGUCCCUCUAUAAUCCUCACCACAAACUUUACCACAACAAACAUGCUCGCCAGCAGGCCUUCAGUGAUUUGGCUGAAAAAUUAAGUGAUUUGCUGCCAACUAUUGGUUCCACUGAAGUAAAGGCCAAAUUAACAUAUUUGCGUGGGCAGUAUACCCGUGAGGUAGCUAAGCAAAAGGAAAGGAAAAGUGGAGCCGGCGCGGAAGAAGUCUACAUUCCAAGCGCAUUUUAUUUUGAAAAAUUGACUUUCCUCCAAGCCUUUAUAAAAGUUCGAAAAGGGGAGAGCAAUUUUAUAAGUGGUGCAGAUGAUUCGCUGGAUUCGUCGCAGCAUACGGAGAGUGUAAUAUCCCCUCCUGCAUCUAGCAAAAAACGCCCUCGAUCUUGUACAGAGCCACAAAACAAGGAACAUGAACUUCUUAGUGCAGCAACACAGGCACUAAAACAAAUUACGCCAAGCAAAUCCAAUGAUCAAGAUGAAGCGGUUUGUAACUUUCUCAAAGCGCAAUUAUCAAAUUUGCUUAGUGAAAUAAAAGAUGAACUAAUUGAGGAGAUCACACUUAUGCUUUUUGAAGCCAAGAAGAGGCAAAGAAUGUCAAAUGAUAAAGACGAUUUAAUACUUCCAUAA